CCGAAUAAAUAAAAUCUAUAUGGUUGGCUUAACUGACCAGUAAGAAGCCUUUCAAGCCAUGUGGUCGCAAACAGCAAACACGGCCAGAGUGAAAUAAUGGCUCUUGCGGCAGAACUCCGACGGCGCCUUUCUACCGCAGAUCUCGGGCCACCGGAGAAGCGGCUUCGACUGGCAGUGAAGAUAUUUGAGUCUCCACAUGUGCGUGUGCCUCGAAAAGAGGAAGCCGUCAUCGAGGCACUUUGUCGCCAGGAAUCAUGGGACGCCUUACGCGAGUGCUUAAGGAGCGAUCAAUUCGUCAGGGUAUCGUUGCGACCAACUAUCAGGAAAAAACUGGUGCAGGUUGCCGCUAAAGAUGCUGAAAGCGGCCGGCUCCUGUUGCAUGAUUUGCAAACAUCUAAUUAUUUGGCCGCUCGACCCCAAGAGUUUCAUGCAAUGUGCAAGACACUCUUUUUGAAACCUGACAUUUUGACCUUAAAGGCAGCAGUCUGUUGUGCCCGGCGAUCUCCAGCACCUCUCUCCUUGGCGCCUUUCUUUAAUUCCUUAUCUGAAAUUGAGGUUGAUGAUGAGUCUGUUCAGCAACUCGCUUCGGUUAUUUCCAAUGGCCAAGAGAUAUUGGACCACCUGAAAAAUAAAGUGACCCCAAAGACAGUGGGUCUGGCGUCAAGAGUCAUUGCCGCCAAAUAUGGAAAAAGAGAUACCAAAACCGAGGAAUUUAUUGUGGCCCUGAUUGCCAGCACUAAAAAUGAUGAAGAGUCCAUUGGCAAAGCGCUAGCCAACAUAGAGUCUGUGGAGAACAGGGAAUGGUUGUCUAUACUCUUUGACAGCUGCUUGUCUAAUGACAAAUCAAAAAGUUUGAUAGCUGCUUUCAGACCCCUGGCCAAGUUGGAUUUUCUUCUGUUUGAGUCUUUAAUACCUAGGCUCAUGGGUCACUUGGUGGAAAGUAGCGAUCUAGAUGACCUUCUAACUGAGAGCUUAUCUGCGGCUGAGAAGGAACAACGUCCGCACAAAUUGGUGUCAAAAGUCAUGGAAGGAAUGAAGAGCGAAGAGGCCCCAACAUUUGUUCGAUUUCCAAAAGCACUUGGUUUAUCAGCGCUAUCCUGGCCCUCAAAAAUACUAGCUGCUGCUAUUACAGGGCUACUUUUCCAUCUGGAGUCUAAGACAGAUUGUGCCUUCUUUUCCUCAACUGAGCCACUGCUCUCAAGUUUGCUUAAAGCUUCUAAAGCAGCUCAGCAUAAUACUCCUGAUUUGGUUAGAGACAAAUUCAUGUCCAUUCUCCUGCAAGCGUCCACUGUACUAGAGAAAUACGCAAGCAUGGCUGAAAGCAAUGAUUCUGACCCAGAAUUUUUGUCUGCAUAUUUGCGUGUCUGCUCUACUUAUGCUGAAAUGAAACUUCUCUUUCUGCAUUAUUAUGGUGAUCAAGAAAAUAUUCGAUCAGUUGGGUCAAAUCUCCUGGACUUCAGUUUGCUCCUUCCAUUUGUCUCAGAUUGGCCAGCUCUCGCCAACAAAGCACUCACACAUGAAAACUGCAGAGACCUAAUUUCUACCCUUGUAGACCAAACGGUUCGAGCGACAACUCUUCUGGAACUGGAAAUGGACAAAGAGCAACAGGAGGCUGCUGCUCUAAUGCUGGCCAGCUGCAGCAUGGGCCAUCUGUCCACCUCUUUGGAACUGUUGACGGAGAAGCUGAAGAAGUCCACCUUAACUAAGGUGGUGGACUUACUCGCUGCCUCCCUCAUGCAAUCGCCAAACCGUACAUUCAGCGACUACUUUGAAAACCACGUCGCCUUGGCCCUGUUGAGAGCCAUGAAGGAAAAAGACAUUGCAAGCGGCGUCUUGGGAAACAUGACUCUCAAACAAGCUGAAACGCCUUGUGAUGCCAUGAGCGCGCCAGAUGUGAAGCCAAAGGGAGAAGUCCUUCAAUUUGUGCGUGCCUUUGGCCAGCUUCAUCUGACAGACCACACUCUGCGGCUGCUUAGUGCCACGUCUCUUUUGGCUGCUUGUCAUGGAAUGAAAAAUGAUUGGAGUGAAGCAAUUCCUGUCUUCAUUCGUCUGCUGUGUGAUCUUGAAAGGAAGUUUGACAUGGACAAACUUUUAGCUUGGGCAAAUAAAGCUCCAGUUGACGCCAAUAAUGAUCUGCUUGAUAAGUUUGCCUGCGCCUUGUUCCAAAAGGAGAAGCCAACAGUUUCUAAUUUUGCUGCUUUAAAGAAACCUUUGAAGCCAUUGGCUGUAUCUGCAGUUAAACACUUCAUGACCAUGAAGCUUGACUCCAAAAUGCAAGAAUGCUUGCGAAAAAUUGCUCAAGAUAAUGAAAUUAAGGUCGAAGCUAGCUCCUUAUACGAGAGUUGCUCGAAUGUCAGCAGCGCCACGCCCGAGCAAUUGACGGAGCUCAUCAAGAGCAAAGCAGCUAUUGACGCAUUUACAGCUGAUGCCAUUUUCACCAGAAUGCUGCAAUUCAACCUGAAGGACGUCAGAACCUUGAAGGCUACUGCUGUUUGUUUGAAUGCGUUCAUCACCUCUAGGGGUGCUCUCACGGUGGACAGACUGGCUGUUGUCCAACUAAAAUUGCAGAGCAUCUGCUUGGCUGUUAUCGAAGCGCAGGAUGAUGAAACAACUGCUGAGGUUGCUCACUUAAUCGAAGGAAUGGGAGUUGCCAUGGCGAGAUAUAAAAAGGACUUUGCUCGAGUCGCACCUUACUACGCCGCUGACGUUUUAGGCUUGUUUGAAUCAAAAUCGAUACACCCAAGCGUCAAAGUUCAUUUUGAGAGAUAUCUGCAGUCAUUGCUGCGCCUUUGCGAUGAGCACGGCGAAUUGUUUUUGCUGCGAGCUUCUACACCCGCCUGUCAACAAAUGCUGCACGCCCAGUUGGCGGAAAAGAAGAAAAUAGAAAAAUAUGUUUAAUAGUAUAUAUUUUUCAUAUUGAUUUGUAUAUAAUAAAUUUUAAAUAUACAU